GUGAAUCUCUGUUUGUGUUUUAUGGUUUGUUAUUCCAUUUGGAAAAAAAAUAGGAGUGCUGCGUCUGCACGUUACUUAGGAGAAAGAAAAGAUUAUUUUUUAUAAAUUUGCAUUGUUUAAUGGAUGUGUUGUCCCUUUCCUGAACACAGCCUCGGUGGCACCUUUGAUACCUUAAAAAUCAAGUUCAUGUUCACUGUGCUGGUCAUUCUUUGCCUUUUCAGUUUCUAAGUGAUUUUAAUCCCUUUUACUUAGUGGGUCACUUGGACUUUACAAACUUUUUUUGAAUUACAGGGACCAGUGAUUUGAGUUUUUAAUAUGAUAAUUGUUGGUCUGUUAGUCACAUACACUGCCAGAUCUGGUAGGAGGGGUUGUUCACUGUUUUUAUGGUAAAAAAAAAUUUUAAAUAGUUAAAAUCAAGAAUUGGAUAGAAUAUAAGAAUUUUAACAUUUUUUGUCUCAUAGAUAGUUUAUAAGAAUUUUAACAUUUCGUUUUAUGGAUAAUUUAUAAGAAUUUUAACAUUUCACGAUUCAGAACAGAUUCUUUUUUUAGCUUUUUACAAAUGUCAAAUGAUUACUAAAAAGUUUGAUGAUUUGAUGAGAGCUCCCUGUUUUUCUAACCUUAUCUUUUUGAUGUUUUUCCAACCUUAUCUUUUUGAAACAAGAGAUCAGACACAAAUCUUGUGAGGAAAUAGCCAGCCACGAAAUUAUAAUAGAAGAAUUUUAACAUUUCAAGUCUUAUGGAUAGUCUAUGAGAACAGAUUCUUUUUUAGUUUUCCACAAAUGUCAAAUGUUUACUAUAAAGUUUGAUGAUUUGAUGAUGAGCUCCCUGUUUUCCAAACCUUAUCUCUUUGAAACAAGAAAUCAGAAACAAAUCUUCUAAGAAAGUAGGGAGCCACAAAGUUAUUUACAUAUUUGACCCAAAUAUCAUAAAAAAAAAACCCGUCAUCUUAAUAAAUGUAUAGUAUAGCCUGCUCAUUUGUUUUUAUUAAUUAGGGUUGUACUGCCUGAACUGGUGCAUCUUGUGGUGUGUCCUUAUUUAUAUUAACUUUUAGCUGCCUAUUGUUUGCUUAGGCGUCCAUCUUGGGAAUCCUGAUAGCAAUUGUUCCCUUCAUUAUGAUAACCUAACUGGGUUAAGGAUGCAUUUUAGGGUCAGCUUCUGUGCUGAAGUCUGUCGUUACACUGAAUGUUUGGUAAACCCUAGGAAAGGUUUUUGAACUACUCAAAUACCGGGUGAGGUAUAAUAAUCAUUAUAAUGGCCUGGUCACUUUAUUUGUCCACUUUGUAACUAGACUUUUAGAAUGCGCUUUCUAUACUGUACUGUAGGUUUUAAAAUGUUUUUUUAUUUUGAUAAUAUAAUUGAUAUUGAUUUGAAAUAUUACUAUUAAAAUUAAUGUAUAAUUGGUAUAAGUUCUUUACUGUUUAUUUUGAAUGGAGAUUGUUUAUCAAUAUUAAAAAUUAAUGUAUACUUGAUAUAAGGUUUUUACAAAUGAAGAUUAUUUUUGGAUUGGAUGUCUACGUUUUUGUGACUGAUCUAUAUUUUGAAUAAAAAUUGUGUGUGGAUUCACUGUGUAUGUUUCAGAUCACACUCAGUGAUUCAUUUGUUUUUAUUAAAAAAUAUACAGAACAAAUUUAGAAGCAAUCUCUAAUUAAAUUAUUAAUAUAUAAUUAUAAACAAAAGAAAAAUGUAUACUUGUUUGUGCAUAUAUUCCACUCUAGACAUUGUUGGUAAAUUGAGAUUUGAGGAUGAAUUGUUUGUACACCAACUUUAAACUGUUAUGUGGCAGCGCAUAGAAAAUGAUGAAGAUCUUCAAAUGUUAAUAAUUUGAAAAAGAAAACUCAAUUUCUUAAAAUAAGAAACAAAAAAAAUCUUUAAAUCAUGAUUCAAUUUUUUUAUAGAUUGUAUUUUUUCUUUAUUGAACAAAGCUGAUUACAAAGAAAGAAUAACAGUUGUGCAAGAAAAGAGGAUAUGAAACACUAUAAACAAAAAACAUUGCUAGAUAACAUCCUUCUUCAGCUGAUAACAUAAAGAAGUCAAUUGUAAUAUGAUGUUACAGUAAAACAUUUCUUAUUCAUCUUACCAAAUAGUUCAAACUUGAAUGAUCCUGAUGCCCUUCAUUCUCUUUUUUUUUAUUUAUUAAUUUAUUUUAUUUAAAUUCUACCAAAUAGUUUAAACUUGAGUAGUCCUAGUGGUUGCCAUUCUUACCUGGUAUGUCUUGUGUAGUUACACUUGGUCCUAGUCCCUUGUAUUUGAGGUUAUAUUUAGUCAUAAUUUUAGGUGCCGACCUUCUUGCCAACUAAGGAUACCGCGAUACUGCUGCUACGACUGAUGGGCGGACUCUACGAUGCAUGUGACCAGAUGUCUAAACUUCUAUGCAUGAAUCGUCAAAGGUUUUGUGAAGGGUUGCUCUCUCCUGCAAAGAAAAGGAAUUUUGAAAUGGGUCUCUCAAGCUUCCCCAACACUGUCUCAGAAGGUGUUUUGCCAAUUUUGAUUGUUAACACAGCCCUAUCUUUUGCUAUUAUCAAGGAUAUCUUGAGAUCCAUCCUCCAGAUUGUAGGUCUCUCUCCAUAUACUGAACCUGAAUCCAUUGAUCCAUCAUGGCCUGAGAGUAAUAUUACCCCUGACAUGUCCUAUGUACAUCCAGAAGCGCAGCUCAUUGCAGAAGAAAUCAGGCAGAGCCUACCCAUCAAGAGAUUCCAAUCUGAUAAUGAAUCUUCAAGCAAUGAAGACGAUGAUGGCCAUGUUGAGUGUGCAGUUUGUUUGUCCAAGUUUGAAGAGGGGGAUGAGAUUAGGCAGCUGCCCUGCUGCCACUUUUUCCACAGACUCUGCCUUGACAAGUGGCUGGACCAUCAGCAGAUCACCUGCCCUCUGUGCAGAUCAUGUCUCUUAACCGAGGAUGCAGCACAGAAAAUGAGGCUCAGCGAACAGGCCCUUACAGAUGAACUCAUAUUCUGGUACUCUUCCUUCCAAGAAUCUGGCUAUCAUGGGAUGUGGAUUGAGAGGUAAAGAUUCAAAAUUACUUUGGGGUCUGCUUUGAAUCAGGGUCCUGAUCCAUUUCUUUGGAGAUUAUGUGAUCUUGUUAGGUAUUGAGUUUGGAUAAAGGAAAUGAGCUUCAUAUUUUGCGGCUAUUUCUCUUACAAAAGCAAUCCUAUUUUCUCUGUCAUAUCGUUGAAGGAACUUCUUUUGUAUAUAGCAGGAAGGCAUAUACCUAGUAAAGCAAAGGGUUUUUUUUUUGUGGUGGCAUAAUAUGGACUGAAAAGGAUCUAUGGGAUCUGAGAUCCACCUUUAAAUCACACUCCAAAAAAGCCCCACAAAUGAAGAAUGGCAUAUGUAAUAGUUUCUCCCAUGGAAUGGGUAGUACAAAAUCCAUUCCAAGAAUUAUAUUUUGGAGAUAUCUUAAGUACCCUAGCCUGGUUUAGCCUGAGCAGUGAAGUUUUGCUGGACUUCCGCUCUGCUAUUACUGAACAUAAAUUUAGGAGACCUGUGUGAUAAGAUUUACUAUGAAAUUGAAUCAAGGAAAUUUUAAUAUUA